UGAGCAUUUAUCUUCUUUAUUGUUGGUUUUGCAUUAACUUUUGUCUUGUGAUUUAUCUGUCAAAUACACAUAGACACACAGUCGCAGUUGUGAUGCAUUUGUUCCGGGGCGCAUUAAAAGCUGCAUGUUGAGACUUGAGAGAGACACAGUGAAGUUAGACACAAAAGAAAACUUGACUUCAUGCACAUGGUAUACCAAAAACAGCACGGUAAUAAUUUAUUCUGCCAUGAGAAGACUUAUUAAACCUUUAUUAACCUUUACUACAUUAGAGUACACCUGCAGUGCUGCAUGUCAUGUCGGUUCAGACACACAGAUGCACAGCCCUGUCUCACUGUGAACAACUAGGAUUUACAAAUGAGCAAGUGAGCAGCUCCAAAGCGGUAGCUUGCAGUUGAGCGCUGUGAUUGAAAGAUUUAAAGUUUUUCUCAGACAGAUUAUACGUCUUGUACAGGUAUAAAGACAAAGCCUGUAAUAUUAGUCCUUCCUUCCUUUCCCUCAGCUGAUGAGGAAAUAAAAAUAAUGAAACUGUUCCUUGUAAAGUUGCUGUCUGUCAAUCAUUUAGCUUGUUGUUUGUUCCUGGUCCUUUCAUGUAUCAUGCCAUACCUGUUCACUGUUGACCAUGAUCAUACACCAUGUGGGAUACUUGCUACUUGAGGCCGGCGCUCAUGCUGAUUGCGUAACUUUUAAAGAUAUUCAUUUUUUUCAUUUUUUUGUAUGUAAUUCAGUAUUUUAUGUAAAAUUAACAAUUUUUAAUCUAAAAACAUUUAAAACAAAUUUUUACAUGUUUAUCAUAUGUGCAACAACAUAUCAGAUGGUGUGUGUUUUAGAUAUUUAACAUGUGAUAUGUAAGACUUGUAAUAUCACAUCUUUCAUUUCACAUGUGAUCAAUUUAGAUAAAUAGACACAUAGUGUUUGGAUAUUUUUUUAUGUGGAGUAUAAUAUUCCACAAGUGGAAACCUGAAUUCAAUAUUAGUUUUAGGUCGAUAAUUUGGGUUCCUACAUUUCCCUAUGAACACUGCAUGAAAAGUUGCACACUGCGCCUUUUAAAUGCUGUUAUUGCUGGUGUAAAGAGGAUUGUCCCUCCUGUGCGAGAGUGAGCUGUCAGUCAGAACAGGGAGUGUUGGGGUUGCUUGGAUGACAGCUGCUGAAUACCUGAGAUAUUUCUUACCAGCAAACAGGCUGAGACAGGGAGAGUGAGGGAGAGUGAAAGAAAAGGACAAAGAGGCUAGUCUCAGUGUGCUGUGUCAUUUGCAGUAAUUGAGAAGAACAGAAGAAAAAGAAAAACAGAAAAGAGAGAAAUCUAAAAAAAAAAAAAAAAAGACAGAAAGAAAGAAAGAAGAGAAGCCACGUGGAAAUUCCUACAAUCUCUGUUCGCAGGCACAGGCUUCAGUGUUUCUGACCGAAGAAUAAACAGAUGGUUGGGUCUACACUGUCAUCACUGGUUACUGGGUGGAGUACUGUUAUUAAAUCUCUUGGAGGCAAACACACACAAAAAAAAAAAGAAAGUGAAAGAGCAAAGCUGGAGAGAGAGAGAGAGGGAGAGAGAGAGAGAAGGAUAAAUAUAACACAAAAACUUCAGAGAGAGACUGGAAAGAGAUAUUUAAAGCCCAGCCAGAAGAAAAGAGGCAGAGACAAAGACACAGAAUCGGGAGGAGAGCUCUGAUUUGCCAUGUUAGAGAAGUAGCUGAUUCAAACAGAGAUGAAUGAAGCAGCUCUGCUCCCUAUGAUCCAGGCAGGAGACGGGAGGACACUGUCCAGAGCAGAGUUCGUCUCACUGCUGAAUACCUACAACUGCUUCCUGAAGGACAAGACUCAACUGCACCUCAGUUACUGUCAGGGGGGGGAUGGAGCGGUGGUAGUGGAGGGCUUCCUGAACAUCUCCUGGGGAGUGCGGAGACCCAUCAGGCUGAAAAUACAGGACGACAAACAGAUGCUUCCCUUUGCUCCUCUGAUCUCACCUGACUCCACCAGUCCAGUCAGCCCACUGGGAAACAAGAGGGGUAUGACGCGAUGGGGAGAAUAUGUUGACCUUCACCAGAUUGAUGAGAUGUCUGAGACGCCACAGGAAACAGCAGUCAACAAUCAUCCACCAGGCCCUGUUGUUUAUGAGACCACCACCUUGCGUCCUGUGAGGCAGAAGAACCCGGAGCUGGAGGCGGAGUCCAACCUGUUUCGCUGUAUGAGUGACGCCUCAUUGGUCAAGAGGAGGAGGGGAAGGGGGAAGUCUGCGGCACAAAGAGAGAAAGAAAGACAACAUCGCUUUUCUAUCAAUGGACACUUCUAUAACUAUAAGACCUCUAUCUUCACGCCAUCCUAUGGUACGCCGACUAAAGUGCGUAUCUCCAGCAGGAUGACCACAAACCAGGUCAUUGAACAGCUACUAAACAAGUUCAAGAUAGAGAACGACCCCCAGGAGUUUGCUCUGUACUGUGUUCACCAGAGUGGAGAAAAGAGGAAGCUCAGUAACGGAGACCAGCCCCUCUGGGAGCGCAUACUGCAGGGGCCCUCUGAUGACAUCAUGAAGAUCUUCUUGAUGGAUAUGGACGAACAGGAAGUCAGCAACGAUGUGAACAUAACCUCAAGAAUUCUGGAGGCCAAUAAAGGCAUCAACCAUAUUCUGGUGGAGGGUGACGUCGCUCUCUCAAAGAAGAGGAAUGCCAUGAAAUGCUUGAACGGCUAUUGCAAAUGGAAAAAGUCCUACAACGGACUGGUGGAGGUCCCUUAUACCAUCAGUGACUAUUUUUACGACAGUGAAAAGGCCUCAAUUGAGAAAGCUAUGGAAACUUUCCACCAGAAGACCUGUGUUCGUUUUGUUCCUUAUUACGCCCAGUCAGACUACCUGAGGAUCAAGAGUGAAAUGGGGUGCUGGUCCAAUGUUGGCAGAGAUGGGGGCGAGCAGCUGGUUUCUCUGUCUGUGUACGGUUGUCUCGAUCAUGGGAUCAUUCAGCACGAGCUCCUCCACGCACUGGGCUUCCACCAUGAGCACACAAGGAGCGACAGGGACCAGUAUGUCAGGAUCAACUGGGAAAAUGUCCCAUCAGUACAUUCAUUCAACUUCCACAAAAGGGACACCAACAACUUGAACACGCCAUAUGACUAUUCUUCUGUGAUGCAUUAUGGAAGGACUGCUUUUACAUCAGUGUUUGGAGAAGACACUAUUACUCCCAUCCCAGAUUCAUCUGUGCCAGUUGGACAGAGGGAUGACAUGUCUGAUAUUGAUAUCCUCAGGGUCAAUAGGUUAUACGAAUGCAGUAAGUAUAGAAAUCAUUUAAGAUACAGUAUAAUCCUGAAAUGUAUUAAAAUUUAUUUUUAAGGCAUUUCUGCUUUGUUUAAUUGAUGAGGAAACAUCCAUUAAACUAACAUCAGUGGUUCUACAUAAAUUCUGUAUUUUCAGACAUUAUGGUUUAAAAUUAUAUGAGAAGGAAUGAGUAUUAAGAUUUGAAAUUUGAAAAUAUAUGUUGAUUCUUUCUCGUCAUUCUUU